AGGCUUGCCAUACCUGCAGCCUUGUGCCGUCACUGCUGAAACACAAAACCUUUCGACAUGGCAGGUCGCGGAUUCGUGUGGUCUUAGGAAGCGGUAUAAAGGUCUACUAAAGGGGUCCGUUCUUGAGUUGUCGUGGCCUUUCGAGUAAAUCGUCAGCAGAAAACGAGCCCUCUCUUCUCAAUCACGUUAUUCCUGCUGACCAUCACUGUGUCCAUCCACCGCUCCCCAAAACUCUGAAAACAUGCCUGGACCCGCAGCAAGCGCAUCAAGCGUGGGAGCCUCCGGCCGGUCUCCCAGUAAGACCGUGGCCCCGAGAGCAGCAGGUUCCACUGUCAGACAGAGGAAAGCCACUGGCAGCGGUACACGGUCUGCAGGCAGAGCUACAGCGUCAGCAGGUACAGGGGGCAUGUGGCGUUUCUACACAGAGGACUCGCCAGGACUCAAAGUCGGGCCGGUGCCAGUCCUCGUAAUGAGUCUGCUGUUCAUCGCCUCUGUCUUCAUGCUGCACAUAUGGGGAAAGUACACUCGUUCCUAAACCUCCUGAACCUUUGAACUCUGACCUUCAAGCGAUUUCUGAAUUAAGCCAUUGGACCUGGACCAAACUCUCCCCCUACACAACAAACCUGGUUCAUAUAUAUUCAUUUCAGAAAAGUAAACAAGGUUUACUUCCCUACUACAACUUUUCAUUUCUUUUUGCUUGUCUUUUUUUUUUUUUUUUUUUUUUUUUUUUU